AAAACCUAAAACGCCCCUCCUCAGAUCAACAGAUACGGUCCAAACAUGAAGUUCUACGUCAUCGCUUUGGCCCUUAUCGGCCUGGUUGCCGCAGAUGUCAGUCACCUGAAGUUGGGGCUGUCAGCUGAUGGAGGCUAUGGAUUCUCCGCCUCUUACUCGUCGUCCUCCUCAUCUUCAGCAGUCGUGCCAGGCGGUGACUCUAGCUCCUACCAGCCUUCUGAAUACACUUCCGCUCAUCUAACACAGGCCUCCACUGGGGCUGUUGCAGCUGAAGUGGUUCCUGGUGGCGAUUCUAGCUCUUACCAGCCAGCUGAACACACUCCCGCUUAUCUUAAGCAGGCUUCUUCUGGAGCUGUUGAUGCUCAGGUUGUUCCUGGUGGCGAUUCGAGCUCUUACCAACCCGCUGAAUACACUCCCGAGCACUUGAAGUCCGCUGAUGUUGUUCCUGGUGGCGAUUCGAGCUCUUACCAACCCGCUGAAUACACUCCCGAGCACUUGAAGUCCGCUGAGAUUGUUCCUGGUGGCGAUUCAAGCUCUUACCAGCCGGAUGAAUAUACUCCCGCUUAUCUGAAACAGGCUUCUUCCGGAGCGGUUGCUGCUGAGGUUGUUCCUGGUGGCGAUUCGAGCUCUUACCAACCCGCUGAAUAUACUCCCGCUUAUCUUAAGCAAGCUUCUUCUGGAGCUGAUGCUUCUGAAGUAGUUUCUGUGCCAGCGGCUAUUGGAGCUGAUACGUAUGCACCAGUUCCUGCUGCUAUUGGCGCUGAUACUUACACUCCAGAGAAGUUUAUUCCGCAGGCCGAUCGUGAGGCUCACUACAGGUAUAUUCAGCAACAACAAACUGUGGUGCCCGGAGGAGAUUCCAGCUCUUAUCAGCCCGCUGUUGUUCCUGGAGGAGAUUCCAGCUCCUAUCAGCAGUCCAGUUACAUUCAUAGCCACACCAAGGCCGUCGUUCCUGGUUCGGAUGUCAGUAGCUACCAACCCGUCGACCUGAUCCCUGCCUAUGUCCAGGGACAGGCCUCCAUCGCAAUUGGAGCCAACACUAUCACACCUGCCCAUCUAUACGAGGAGCCCGCUUCGAAUGGAAUCGAAGAGUUCAAUCCCGAGAACCAUGUUCCGGCGGCCAUCGGUGGCGACACAAUCACUCCCGCCCAUUUACAGGCAACCUACUCGAACGCUGGCCAGGAGACCCAGUACGCCUCCAAUGGCGGUUAUGUUUACUAAGUUAAGUUAUUAAAAACCCCAGAGUCUAAUAAAUUUACAAAAUAUUUUUAUAAAA